ACAGUCGCCGUCUAAGCCGUAAAGCCUCUAGUUAUCAAGCCGUUCUCCUCGAGCAGCAGUACGUGCAGCGCAGGGUAAGAGCCGGACGCGCGAAGGAGAAUCCCACCGAGCUUGGCUGACGAUGGCGACGGUGUGGUGGUGGCCGUCGCUGCCGGCGUGGCUGGGGUCCGAGGCCGUGUGGUUCGUCGCGCUCAACGCCGUGGUCGCCGCCGUCGCCAUCCUGUCCUCCCGUCCGCGGCCAUCUCAGGCGACGCCACGCCGCGGCGCCGGGGUCACGCGCAGGGCCUCCUCGGCGGUGCUGCAGAGCCUCCGCUCGUUCUCCCUCUUCUCCUUCCCGUCCGCCUGCAUGUCGUUCCUCCAGCCCGACGCCGCUGCAGCCGCGUAUCAAGAAACAGAGGAGCUGGUGCGUGUGCGUUCACCCACCAACAAGCCGUCGCCCCGCGCGCUCGUGGUCGUACCACCGCCACCCGUGGCGCCGGCAGCCGAGGAGGAUGUGGACGAGGACGAUGAGGACCCGAACGCGAUGAGCAUGGACGAGGCCUACGCGCUUGUCCUGGCGUCUCGGCAGCGGCCGGAGCGGGAGGUGCAGGAGCAGGCGAGGCGGUCCGAGGUGGAUGCCAAGGCGGAGGAGUUCAUCCGCGGGUUCGAGGACCAGCGGCAGCGGCGGCUCAACUCCAUCUUCAACUACACCCAGAUGCUCAAACAACGUGGGCUCGCCGCCGGCCGCCGGCAGCCGGAUGCGAGGCCAGAUCAGCUUUGACUCACCGACGUAUUCAAUUCUUUUAGAUUUUGGUCAGCAUUUUUAGGGGGGGCAACUAUAUUUUAAUUUGAUUUUUUUUAUAUACUUAAGUAUGUUUUGAUUUGUGAUUCUUGUUUGAUUGUAGAUAGGCUAGCAUAUACUCUGCAGGUGUAUAUCUUGUAGCUUGGACAAGACAUUUUUUUUUGUGUCCAGAACAUUUGUUUGGUGUA